AUGGACACUCCGGGGGAACCUAUCCUACAGAACGCUUUCGAGGUUCGGGAAGGGAUUGAGAUGGUGCCAGGAACGGUGCAUCUGGUUGACAUGCAAGGAACAUCCGUCCUCAAGCAUCGAAUUGGUAACAAUGCAGACAUCGUUCUGGUCCCUCAACCCACAAGCGACCCCGAUGACCCUCUCAAUUGGAGCCCUCUGCGAAAGGGAUACCACUUUUGGUUGUUGAUAAUCUGGGGGGUCCUCAUGUCAGCGUCAGUCAAUUGGAGUGGGCCUGUUUGGGUGGUUGCUGCGGGCUACAUCACAGAAGCACAAGGAUGGCGAUUUUGCUUCUGGUACCUGGUCAUCUUUUUCGGAAUUAUCUUGGUGCUACAGAUUUUCACCCUGGAAGAAAGCAUCUACAGGCGUCCAUUAGCAGAUCCGGAGCCACAAUACGAACUCAACAACGACGCCUCCAAUGACAGUGCUCUUACUGGAAAGAAUCCAAACCCUCUCAUUGCCCAACCCAUUCGACGAGAUACCGUUACCGCGGUCUCAGCAUUCCCAAUACCAGCGCAAACAUACUGGCAAAAGAUGGCUCCAAUCCAUACCCGAAAUGCGAACCCCAAAAAGUGGUGGUGGCUAGCCAUCUUCCCUUUUCGUCUCCUCACGUUUCCUGCAAUCAUGUGGGUUGGCAUUAUGGUCGGUAUCCAGAUCAUGUGGCUCUCCUUACUCUCAGUCACACAGUCCGAACUGUUCUCCGCCCCACCCUACAGUUUUGGCAUAGCAGCUGUCGGCGAUACGAAUAUCGCCGCCUUCGUCGGUGGCAUAUUUGGCAUGUGCUGGGGCGGACCCCUCUCAGACUGGUAUAUCCUGCGACGCUCCCGCCAAAACAAAGGUAUAAUGGAGCCAGAAUUCCGUCUCUGGCUGCUCAUUGUGCCUGCCAUCCUGAACUCCGCUGGUCUCCUGAUGUACGGCCUCGGUGCGUACAAUGGAUUGAGCUGGGUGAUCUCCGCUGGCAUUGGGACCGCCUUUAUUGGGUUUGGUAUCGGAAGUGGGGGAGCUAUUUGCUUGACAUAUGCGAUUGAUGCGUAUCCGGGGAUUGCUGCCGAGAGUAUGGUACUCAUAUUGUUCAUACGAAACGUGAUUGGGUUUUCGUUUACUUUUGCGAUUCAACGGCCUCGGCGGCCAAGUAACGGCCAUCAUGCUAUCAGUACUGUGUCUAGUGUCCAUGAUGAGUUUCUUGAUUAUGAACAGAGAGCUAAAGAGGCUUGA